AGAGACAGAGAAAUACAGACGGAGAGAAAGAGAGACAGACAGACAGAGAGAAAGAGAGAGGCAGAGACAGAGACAGAGAAAUACAGAGGGAGAGAAAGAGAGACAGACAGACAGAGAGACAGAGAGGGACAGAGACACAGAGAGAGAGAAAAGAGAGAUACCAGCGCUGCUGGUGGUGGUGGUGGUGGCGACUUUCUCCGUCUGUUUCCACACGACCGCCUUUGACACCGGAUCUGGCGAAUACAGAUCAAGGUCGCGCGAAGAUCUCUUUGAGGUGAAGUAUGGCAAGACGCCCGGCUGGCCUGGUGAUGACGAUGCUGCUGAUGAUGCUGAUGAUUGUGAACCAGACGGGAGACUCAGCAGCCAUUCCUGGAGCUGAGCGGCCACAGAGACACGUGGACGGGAUGUUCACGAGCGAGCUGAGCCGCCUGCAGAGCGCUCGACUCGUCCAGAGAUACGCGAUGGACAUCAUGAGGAUGAGACCCGAAAAGGGCAUGGACGAUGAUGAGGAUGAGGAGGAGCCUCUGGGCCACGCGGCACGAAGAGGGGAAGGGGGGGGCUGGAAGGGUGGGGGCCAGGUGCCCCCACGGACAGACGUGGUACUCAACGAUGAGCCCAGCCGAGACGGGGAUUUUGUGGCGGUAUUUGCCGACGGCUUGUCCCGCCAGGUGCUCGCCUCGCUCGAGGGGCGCCACGCGGGAGGCGGCGAGCCGCUCCGCGGGGCCCGUGAGGCUGCGGCGCCCGGGGCAGCCUCCCCCGCCGCGCGGGGCCACGUGUAGAGCCCCAAGCAAGAGAAACAGUCACCGCAGCUUCCGCUUGCAACUUAACCACCACCACCAAUCACCACCACCAACCACCACCACCACCAACCACCACCAACCACCACCACCAACCACCACCACCAACCACC